CUCAACAACACAUAUAUCAGGUUUAGCCCACCAUGAGUGCAAACAAGAGCUAUCGCUCGCACAAAAAUACCGACGGCGAGGUGGACUUUGAAUUCUAUCCAGUAAUACGCAAGUACAAGGACGGCCGUAUCGAGCGGUUCACAAUGAGUUCAUUCGUGCCGGCAUCAGCGGAUCCAGCCACCAGCCAUGGGGUGGCAACAAGGGAUGUCGUCAUCGACCAAGGCACCGGAAGCGCAGGGGCGCUCAUCGUGUCUGUGGAAUACCGUCUGGCACCGGAGUAUCCCGUGCCGGCGUCCUACAAUGACACAUGGGCUGCACUGCGGUGGGUGGCCACCUUGUCCGACCCUUGGCUCGCUGGGUAUGCAGAUCCCAGGCGCACGUACCUCGCCGGCGACAGCGCUGGUGGCAACAUCGUGUACCACAUGGCUAUACGCGCCACACAUGAUGACAGCAUCAUGGACAUUGAGGGCUUGGUUAUUGUGCAUCCAUUUCUCUGGGGACUCGAGCGGCUUCCCGCCGAGAAGGUUUCGGACGGUGACGUGAUGUACCCGCCGGCGCUGGUGGACAAGCUAUGGCCAUUUGUGACGGCGGGCCAGGCUGGCAACGACGAUCCCCGGAUCAAUCCUCCGGACGAGGAGAUCGCGUUGCUGACUUGCAGGCGUGUAAUGGUAUGUGUUGCAGGGAGAGACACCUUGCGUGACCGGGGGCGCCGGUUCGCGUCCAGAAUGCGGAAGUGUGGGUGGACUGACCGCAACCUCACCGUGGUGGAGACGGAGGGCGAGGAUCAUCUCUUCCACCUGUACGCGCCGCUGCGUGCGACCAGCAAGGACCUUAUGGAUCGUGUUGUGCACUUCAUUAACGAUCGCGCCACGUUGCCAUCACCGAACCAUAGUGAUCCCAGAUCUCUAUGCCGCGCAGCUCUUUAAAACAUGGAAAUUCAAAAGCAUGAUGGAUAUUGAAGUUAAUCUUGUUGUACCUCAAUAAAUAUACUCUUUUAUUCCUGUCAA